GAUGGAGCGAGCAACGUUAUAUGUGAAUGGACUGAGCGAGUAUCAUAAAACAAUUAAUAUUAAAUCUAAACUGAAUUAGGCUUCAUACAUGAUGGGCCUGAUAAUUCUCGAGAGUACUGUUUUUGGCGGAGGUCGGAGUACCCCUUCUAUGUAAUUUAGCUUCUCUAGUCGUUCAUGUCGUCCGUAGACCACGGCAUGUAUAUCCAUCUCAAUUGAUCCUCAUCUUGUAUUUUAUACCCUCAUCCUCCAUCCCUUCACGCUCCUUACAUCCCCCACCAUGAACGAUACUCUCGCCGUCCUAGCUUCACAUUUCAUUGGUGUCAUCAUCUCUAGCAUGUUCUAUGGUUUUACUCUCGCCCAGACCUGGCGGUAUUUCCGAACUUUUCCAAAAGACAGAUGGUGUAUGAAGGCCUUGGUAGCCUUUCUGUGGACGUUAGAUACAGCACAGCUCGCCCUUGUCGCCGCAUCAAUAUAUCACUAUACCAUAGUUUGGCAGGGUGACAUUACAAUGUCAUCACAUGUAUCAAAAACGUUUGAGGCAUCAAUGGGCAUUACUUCAAUAAUAGCUUUUCUGGUGCAAUUGACAUAUGCUCACCGUAUAUGGCGACUUAGCUUUGGAAACAUUCUAGUCACAUUUUUCAUAGUCCUUUUGGCAUUGGCCGCGCUAGGAUCUGGCGGAGCAAUGGUUGUCAAAACUGUCCGUGAUCCCCUGUGGGAUAGCACUCACGUCAGCAACCUGCCGGCUUCUAGUUUUUACUUAUCUUCGAUGGCAUGUGACUUCCUAAUUGCCGCUACACAAGUGUACUUCUUUCACAAGUCCCGGACCGGGAUAGGAAGACUCGGUGGUCUCAUCACUAGAUUGACCGUGCUUGUUGUCAAUGUGGGCUUGAUCACUACUGUAGAUGUCACACUCUUUCUCAUACUGUUUCUCGUCUGCCCCCACAAUGGUGCCUUUCUUGUACCAUACAUCCUCAUGAGUCACUGUUAUCUAAAUAGUUUUCUCAGUGUUCUUAACUCUCGUCUUGAGCUACGGGAGCUGGUUGAUAAUGACGACUACGCUUGUCCCAGCAUCUACACCAUUGCUUCAGAACUGGCAUGAUGCAAACUUCAGGUCCCUCUAGCAUACUUCCCGCGCCGCAUUGUGUGAUACCCACUGAGGUAGAUUUUGAAACUAGCUGACAUAAACAUUGCACUGUACAUUAUUUCACCCCAGCACAAGAUAGAUAGACCAGACGCAUCAUUUCACCGCCAGUUGAACUGCCAAAAAAUUCAAUACUGCUGGCAUAUGCAGAUGACGUCGACUUAAAACAAGUACAUAUGUAUACUGUAUAGUCCUGUACAGCGACUCGUGAGGUCAUGGCGGAAGCCGCAAAAAUAAAAACAAGUUCGGAU